CUCGAACCCCGGGGUUUUCUGGCCAGCCGCCCCCGCCAGCCUCCCGCAUGGAGCUGUCUGCUAUUGGGGAGCAGGUGUUCGCCGUGGAGAGUAUCCGGAAGAAGCGCGUGCGCAAGGGUAAAGUGGAAUACUUGGUCAAGUGGAAAGGAUGGCCCCCAAAGUACAGCACAUGGGAGCCAGAAGAACACAUCCUGGACCCCCGCCUUGUCAUGGCGUAUGAAGAGAAGGAGGAGAAAGAUCGUGCGUCCGGGUGUAGGAAAAGAGGCCCGAAGCCCAAACGGCUGCUGCUGCAGAGGCUGUACGGCAUGGAUUUGCGCAGCGCCCACCAGGUGAAGGGGAAGGAGAAACUCUGCUUCUCCCUGGCCCGCCAGUUUGGCGGCAGCGGCGCCCCUGACGGGGUGGGUAGGGCGGGCCCAGCACAGCUGGAGGAGAAGAGCAGCAGUGGCGUACCCACCCUGCCCUUCCCGCUCAGGAAGCAGAACAAGACCCAGAAGUACCUGCGGCUGUCCCGAAAGAAGUUCCCGCCCCGCCUGGAGGGCCGUGGCCGGCUUAGAGAGACCUUUCUGGAGGAGCCCGCUGCCCGAGAGGCCACGCAGGACACCAGCGAGUGGGACGAGGCCACGGCCACCCCCCCCCCUGCUGAGCAGCACCCUGGCAAAGAGGGUGGUGACCUGACUGCAGGGGGCCCUCCCUGGAUCCCCACGCACCCACCUUCCGAAGUGACGGUGACUGAUAUCACAGCCAACUCCAUCACCGUCACCUUUCGGGAAGCACAGGCCGCUGAAGGCUUCUUCCGGGACCGGAGCGGGCAGUUCUGAACCUCUCCAUUCUGACCCCUCUUUAAGUGGUUGUCUGGGAGUUUGGGGCUCAGGCCAGAGGAGGUGUGGGAGGCGGGCAAUGCAGUUAUUUUAUUUUAAAAGACAAACUCCUAACAAACCCAAGAGAGAAAAAGAGAGCUGAACAGAGAUGCUCUCUGCUCUCUGCUCUCCAGUUCACCCUCGAUCCUGUACAAUGAUGUUUACAGAAGU